AUGGGAGGUGUCACGCUCGAAGUAGUAGCUGCUCCAUCCUCUCGUCCUGAUGAAGAAGUAGUAGCAGCUCUGGUGGUGAUUGGAGGUGUCACGCUCAAAGGAAUAUUAGGAAGAGUAGCAGCUGCUCCGGCUCUGGUGAUAGGAGGUGUCACGUCAAAGGGAAUGUUUCUGGCACCGCUGGUCAUAGAACUAGGUAUUAAUCAUGUCCUCUCCCUCUUCUUCCACCAGAAAUAUUUUCAAAUCGGGAAGGUACACAGUGUGUGUUCUUCAAGUCGAUCCCAAAAGUUGUACAAGAACGACAUCUACAACUCUUUCUAUUCACAGCUUAUCCAACACAUUGCUUCACAUGGUUUCAUCGUUGUUGCCCCUCAGUUAUACAAUUGUGGAGGGCCAGAUUCUAGUGAUGAAAUUAAGUCAGCUGCAGCAAUAACGGAAUGGUUAUCAGAUGGACUCACUAGCGUACUUCCACCGACAGUUCUACCAAAUCUAACAAAAGCAGCACUUGCUGGUCAUAGCAGGGGUGGUAAAGUUGCAUUUGCGCUGGCCUUAUCGUACAGUUCAACUAAUAAAUCAGCUAGUAAUGGUACUAAUUCAACAAUCAAGUAUUCAGCUCUAAUGGGUAUAGAUCCAGUAGAUGGAAUGGACAAAGGAAAACAAACUCCUCCGCCAGUUCUUACCUAUGUUCCUCAGUCUUUUGAUCUAGACAUGGCAGUUUUAGUUGUUGGUUCUGGACUUGGAGAAAUCAAGAGAAACCGAUUUUUCCCUCCUUGUGCUCCCAAAGGUGUAAACCAUGAAGAUUUUUAUAAUGAAUGUCAAGCACCGGCUUGUUAUCUUGUUGUGAAAGAUUAUGGACAUACCGACAUGCUUGAUGAUGAAACUAAAGGCAUAAGAGGGAAACUCAGUUAUUGUACUUGUAAAAAUGGGAAAACUAGAGAACCUAUGAGGCAACUUGUAGGGGGAAUUAUGGUUGCUUUUAUGAAAGCUUAUCUUGAAGAUGAUCCUAGUUACUUGAAUGCUAUCAAGGGUGGCAAGGAAACUAGGAUUCCUGUCGAUCUUCAAACUGUUGAGUUUUUCAUGUGAAAUUGUAAAUAACAUAACCAAGUAGUGGGCAUUUUGAAUGUGUGUCCCUCAUCGUAUUUUAGAAAAUGUAUGUGUAUUAAAACCUAAGACUAAUUUGUUUUGUUAUGCAUAAUACCAUCUUACAAGCCA